AUGGAUAAUCUAGAGUAGAAUGCCAUAACUUAAUUAUUAAAUUUAGAAGAUAAAGAAAUACAAAAUGCGUGGGACAUAAAUUCUCCCAUUUAAAUUCAUAAAAGUAGAUCUUUAGUGUAAUUGAGACACAAGAAAAUUCAUUAACCAAUUGAAUAAAGGAAAAAAAUUGAUAUGAAUCAUGAAUGUCAUUUUCACAAAUUUCCUAAAAUUUAUUAAUAAGAGCAUUCCUUUAAAUCUUUAAUGGAAGAGUAUUUUAAAUAAUUGAAUUAAAAAUAACUCAAUCUUAAAAAAGAUGUCUAAAAAUCUACUAGACUUAGACACAGUUCCUACUUAAUAGAAGAAGGUGCUAAUAGAAAAAGUAAACACUCUUGUCAUGAAAUACUUCUAUAAGAUAAUUCCUCUAAUAAAUAAAUUAAGUUAUCAGAUUUAUGUAAAGAUAUCAUGAUUUACAAACCAUUAAAAAAAUCAUCUUAUUUUCCAAGAUUAUAGCCAAGUUUACAUCUAAAAUGA